GAACAAUCGAACGACGACAGUUCGGGCAUCGGCGCCAGUUUUUCAUGAAAAUCCACAAGUUUUGAUUUUGUUUUGUGAGGACUCUGUGAAAAUAUGUUAACGGGAUGGAGGUUGACGAUUUCAAAACUUUUCCUUAUACCACAACGGUACAUAUUAGGAAUAAUGGGAUUCCUGGCAGUUGUAAACGCCUACUCGCUUGAGAGUCUCACUUAACAUCGCUAUCACUGAAAUGGUAGCCCCAAGUUCUUCCAGCUUCUAUGAUCCCGACUCGUGUCCAUCAGAAAACGCCAAUAAAUCACACAACUCAGUAACGAACCAAGAUCUUCUCUACGACUGGGACGAAACAACGAAAGGACUUAUACUCAGCUCCUUCUUCUGGGGCUACGUAGUGACCCAUUUACCAGGCGGCGUGCUGGCUGAAAAGUUUGGAGGGAAGUAUUCUCUGGGUCUCGGAAUAUUAUCUACUGCUGUUUUUACUCUCAUAACACCUUGGGUUAUCCGAUCUACUAAUGGAAACUGGAAAAUUUUGGUGGCUUUGAGGGUCAUCAUGGGACUUGGAGAGGGAACAACCUAUCCAGCACUCAAUGCUCUUCUGGCAAAGUGGGUACCGCUUCAUGAGAGAGGCAAAAUCGGUACAUUAGUUUAUGCAGGCAGUCAAAUUGGUACUAUUGUGAGCAACAGUAUCAGCGGAGCUUUGAUCAAUGCAACUAGAGACUGGUCUUCAGUGUUUUAUGUAUUUGGAGCAGCUGGAGUGAUCUGGUAUAUACUUUGGCAAUUACUGUGCUAUUCGGAACCAGAGUCGCAUCCGUUCAUCAGUGACGACGAACGAACUUACCUCAAAAAGGAAUUGGAAAAUGUGUCGGAGGAAAAAAGAAAAAUCCCAUGGAAGGACAUCUUUACCUCUCCACCAUUGUUAGCACUAGUAGCUGCCCAGAUAGGCCACGAUUGGGGAUUCUUCACUAUGGUCACUGAUCUACCAACCUAUAUGAGCGAUGUCCUGAAAUUCAAUGUUAAAGAGAAUGGAAUUUGGACUUCCGUACCCUACAUGGUCAUGUGGCUGGUGUCCAUGGGAUCUGGAUGGUUAUGUGACUGGUUAGUGUCUGCAGGUUAUAUGAAGAUUACUUUUGCGAGAAAGUUCUUCACUUCAAUAGCUUCUGUCGGUCCAGCAAUCUUCAUCAUGGCUGCAUCAUAUUCCGGAUGUGAUCGCUACCUAACAGUCGCGAUGUUUACAGUCGCUAUGGGUUUUAUGGGUCCCUUCUAUUGCGGAAUGAAAGUUAACGCCUUAGAUCUGGCCCCCAAUUAUGCUGGAACAUUAAUGGCUAUUGUAAAUGGAAUUGGUGCAUUUACUGGAAUUAUUGCACCCUAUCUAGCAGGAGCUUUAACAGAAGACCACACUUUGAAACAAUGGCGUACAGUUUUCUGGAUAACAUUCGCUAUCUUCAUGGCAACAAACAUCAUCUACUGUCUUUUCGGUAGUGGCGAAGAACAAGAUUGGAACGAUCCAGCUAAACGUAAACAGCAGGAACUAGAUUCGAAAUAUGGCAGUAUCGCAAACAAGACUUCUAAGCCAGAAAGUUCACUCGAAAACUCAACAGUUUGAUGUAAUUGUAUUUAUUUUAAUUUUGUAACUAAGCCAGAGAUGGAUCUCACGAAAAAGAAAACCUAGGUGUACAAAUAUGAUAUGUAGUGUUAGAUAUUUCUCUCUGGUAGAAUUUUUUUACUUAACUGGUACAAAAAUAACGUGCAUGAGCUAAAAGAGUCCCUGAUAAGUAUAUGAAGAUCGUUAGAGAUCUUUAUAAGGGUGUAAUAACUAUUGUUAGGACAUCUGUAAUAGAGACUGAUAUAUUUCACUUGAUAGUAGGAUUGUAUCAGGGCUCACUACUUAGUCCUUAUCUAUUUCCUUUAGGUUCAGUGAAUCAGAUUACAAGAAAACUACAGGGCAACAUUUCUUGGUGCUUUUGAUGUAGUAUUAUUAUGUAAUUUUAAAAAAUAUUUAUAGCAAAGAUUGAAACAUUAGAGAUAAGUUCCCGAAGAAACAACUACCAUUUAAAGAUGGAGUUACUACUAUAAAUAUUUGUACAGUAAAGUGGUUGAAAAGUAACAGUUCCAACUAUUUAAGAUCGGUAUUACAGAGUAAUGAGAAAGUAAAGGAAAAUUCAUGCCGUGGAGUUAUAAUAGAAUCAAGAAGGAAUGGAAGGAGGUAAGUGAUGUGUUCUGUGAUAGAAAAAUUAUAAUGAAACUGAAAAUAAAAUUCUGUGAAACUGCCACAAGACCAACUGUGAUAUAUGAAACUAAAUGUUAAGUAGGCAGUUAUAAAGAAAGAAGAACAACGUAUUCAUGUAGCCGAUUGGCACCGAAAAGUUGCUGGAUGCAAUUUCCUGGAAAGAGUAGGAAAACCAAAGAAGAUGUGGUGGGAAACAUUUAGACAAAUUCUGACUGCGAAGGAGUUAGCAGAUAUAUUGGCAUGACUCAAGACGGAAACGUAUGAAGAACUGAAGAGAAUUGUGACUGAGUCCUUACAUAUUCCUCCCUUCAUAUAAAAAUCAUCACGACCUCACAAAUAUGGCUCCUGCGCAUGUUGAAUAUGUGCGGCAAUAUCUAGCGGCCUAUCGAUGUUGUUAUUUUUGACAUUUUUUUAUUUGAUGUAGUACAAAAUCUAAUACACUGCAAGAUCACUACGUUCAUAAUGUAGUUAAUCAAAUUCACAUUUUUACAUAUAUUAAGAGUAGAAGAAUACACUGAUAACAGGUUGCUAGUUAAAAAUUGGCCGAAAAUAUUUUUAAUUCAGUUAAUAGUAUUUAGUUUUUGAACAAAAAUUUUAUUUCGUUCAUUUCUUUUUUAAAUAUUUAAAUAAAAUACGCUGCACAUGACGUAUAUGCAUGUUUUUUUUAUAUAAAAUUAAAGCUAUUUUUUUUUAAUAUGAUGAUAUAGGGUUGCCUAGGAAAAAUUGAUCACAAAUUAGGAUUGCCAGCCGUUAAAAACGCGAGGUAUUAAAGGUAAAGUAAAAUAGAGUUAGCGGUCAUUUAACCGUGAUAAUCCGCAGUCGAGGAUUUGGAACAAAAUUACAAACUAGCGUCUGAAAUAAAAACUUUUGCUGAACCGGCAUGAACCACAUUAAAUAUAUUUCCAUAAUAACCACCUGGUUCACAUACACUUCUAUUGUUGUCAUCUAGCUAUAACAUCAUUUUAUAUCUUCUAGAAAAAAUCCGCGUUUCGUCUAAAAAUACAACUUCACGUGGAUAUGUACUAUUUCUGUUUUCCAUGUAUUUACGAUAUGAAUUCUUUCAGUUAAAGCUCUUUGAUGACCUUCUUUUUUAAAUUUAAAGCCUAAAUCUUUUAAUAUUCUACUCAAAGAGGUUUUACUUAUAUAUUAAUUUCUUUAGCCUAGCAACGCUUCAUGGGUUACAUGUUUCUCUAGAAAGGUUUUUAUUUUAAUAAAUUAAUACCUAUUAAUAAUAUUAAAUUAAUACUUUUAAUAAAUGUAACAUGUUAAAUCCUUGUCGUAAUUCUCAACAGACAGUUGGUCAGAACCUCACAGCGUUGCCAAAACAUUAGAAUAGUUAGUAAGUGAGGAAUUUUUAAAAUGUUAACUAUUUGUCAAGUUAUUAUAUUAACAGUAAAUACACUUAGUUUUAAGACUACUGCAACACACUAAAAUUCAUAAGAAAACAUUUUAAUUCAAAAUUAUUUAUUUUAAAUUUACCUCUUUUAGAGCAUUAAUAGUAAAAACGUCCCGCCAUUAUUUCUUGUUCCAAAUAAUCUAUCUUAUAUGAAAGCUUAUCAGCUUUCUACAGACUAUUUAGUUGUUUUGGCAUAGCA